AACCACAGCAACGUGACAGGAGCGAAACUUGGUACGCGUUUUGAUAACAGGCCGACCUUAUAGCUUUGGUCACAACUCGCAAUAACUACAAAAAGAGAUAUAUAAUGCUACGCCAGCAGAUGAACGAGGUAGACCUUUUGAUACUGGGGGCUGGCUGGACUUCGACGUUCUUGAUUCCGCAACUGAGCGAUACCGACAUUACGUACGCGGCUACCACCACCUCAGGGAGAGAUGCUACGAUACCUUUCAAAUUCGACCCCGAAUCUGGAGAUGCAGAGUCGUACAAGCGACUUCCGGCUGCCAAAACGGUCGUCAUCACCUUUCCGUUAGUCGGUCACGGCCAAUCAAAGAGCCUCGUCGGAUUGUACCGCUCCGUUCACGGCGCGAGGAACAACUGGAUUCAACUCGGCUCAACCGGAAUCUACAACAAGGUACCUGACGAUUGGAGUGAUGAAGAUGCGCAUUACAACAAGGAAGACAAGCGAGCUAUUGCGGAGGACGAACUGCGCUCGCUCCAUGGCUGUGUGUUGUGUCUUGCGGGUCUUUAUGGAGGCGAGCGUGUUCCCGCGAGGUGGUUGCCACGUAUCGUCAAAUCCAAGGACGAUAUCAAAAAACGAGGCGCCGUACACUUCAUCCACGGCGAGGAUGUCGCACAAGCCAUAAUUGCGACACACCAGAACUUUACGCCCGGUAAACGUUGGAUUGUUUCCGAUCUGCGCGUCUAUGAUUGGUACGACCUCAUCAUGAGCUUCAGCUCUAUGACUGAAUCAUCCAUGUCCCAAGAAGAGAAAGAAACGCAGCAGCAGUAUGCGAAGUGGGUUAGCGAGCUUAUGCAUGAGGAGGAUAUUCGUGCUCUACCAAGGGACGUGAGCUCGUUGGGACGAAAGCUGGAUUCAAGACGCUUCUGGGCCUAUCACGGGCUGUUGCCUCGCCAUAGACGUCUGGCAUAGAGUCAUAUCUGAUGACAUAUUGGAGAGUAACGAUAAAUGCCUCAUUAGAUUGAUAUGUAAGCGGUAGACAUGUAGCGAAAGCUGAUGGAGGCUGAUAGCUUGUCAUCACCUAUCAAAAGAACAGUGAAUGUAUCUUGUGGUAGCGUGGUCAUGCCCGUUCCGUACAAAAAGAUAGAUUCCCUUUCGAUAUAAAAAG